AUGGCCAAUGGCAUUGACGAGCUCAUUGGCAUUCCCUUCCCCAACCACAGCAGUGAGGUCCUGUGUAGCCUGAACGAGCAGCGACAUGAUGGCCUGCUCUGCGACGUGCUCCUGGUGGUACAGGAGCAGGAGUACCGCACCCACCGCUCUGUCCUGGCCGCCUGCAGCAAGUACUUCAAGAAGCUCUUCACGGCCGGCACUUUAGCCAGCCAACCCUAUGUCUACGAGAUCGAUUUUGUCCAGCCCGAGGCUCUGGCCGCCAUCCUGGAGUUCGCCUACACCUCCACGCUCACCAUCACAGCCUCCAACGUCAAGCACAUCCUCAAUGCCGCCAGGAUGCUGGAGAUCCAGUGCAUCGUGAAUGUGUGCCUGGAGAUCAUGGAGCCCGGGGGGGAUGGGGGGGAGGAGGACGACAAGGAGGACGAUGACGAUGACGAAGAUGACGAUGACGAGGAGGAUGAAGAGGAGGAGGAGGAGGAAGAGGAGGAGGAGGAGGAGGAUGACACGGAGGAUUUUGCUGAUCAAGAAAACUUGCCUGACCCCCAGGACAUCAACUGCCACCAAAGCCCUACCAAGACAGACCAUCUAACGGAGAAGGCCUAUUCAGACACACCCAGGGACUUCCCUGAUUCCUUCCAGGCUGGCAGCCCUGGCCAUCUGGGCGUGAUUCGGGACUUCUCCAUCGAAUCUCUGCUGAGGGAGAACCUGUACCCCAAAGCCAACAUCCCUGACAGGAGACCCUCCUUAUCUCCAUUUGCCCCGGACUUCUUCCCACACCUCUGGCCAGGGGACUUCGGUGCCUUUGCCCAGCUGCCUGAGCAGCCUAUGGACAGUGGGCCACUGGACCUGGUCAUCAAGAACCGGAAGAUCAAGGAGGAGGAGAAGGAAGAGCUUCCCCCACCCCCACCGCCACCCUUCCCUAAUGACUUCUUCAAGGACAUGUUCCCGGACCUUCCUGGGGGGCCACUGGGCCCCAUCAAGGCAGAGAAUGACUACGGUGCCUAUCUCAACUUCCUGAGUGCCACCCAUCUGGGGGGCCUCUUUCCACCCUGGCCGCUGGUGGAGGAACGCAAGCUGAAGCCCAAGGCCUCUCAGCAGUGCCCCAUCUGCCACAAAGUCAUCAUGGGGGCCGGGAAGCUUCCGCGGCACAUGAGGACCCACACCGGGGAGAAGCCAUACAUGUGCAACAUCUGCGAGGUCCGCUUCACCAGGCAGGACAAGCUGAAGAUCCAUAUGCGGAAGCACACGGGGGAGCGGCCCUACCUGUGCAUCCACUGCAAUGCCAAGUUCGUGCACAACUACGACCUCAAGAACCACAUGCGCAUCCACACGGGCGUGCGGCCCUACCAGUGCGAGUUCUGCUACAAGAGCUUCACGCGCUCCGACCACCUGCACCGCCACAUCAAGCGCCAGAGCUGCCGCAUGGCGCGGCCCCGGCGCGGCCGCAAGCCCGCCGCCUGGAGGGCCGCCAGCCUGCUCUUCGGGCCCGGCGGCCCGGCGCCCGAGAAGGCGGCCUUCGUGAUGCCGCCCGCGCUGGGUGAGGUGGGCGGGCACCUGGGCGGGGCCGCCAUGUGCCUCCCGGGCCCCAGCCCCGCCAGGCACUUCCUGGCGGCGCCCAAGGGCGCGCUGAGCCUGCAGGAGCUGGAGCGGCAGUUCGAGGAGACGCAGAUGAAGCUGUUCGGGCGCGCGCAGCUGGAGGCCGAGAGGAACGCGGGCGGCCUGUUGGCCUUCGCGCUGGCCGAGAACGUGGCCGCAGCGCGGCCCUACUUCCCGCUGCCCGACCCGUGGGCCGCGGGCCUGGCCGGCCUCCCCGGGCUCGCCGGCCUCAACCACGUGGCCUCCAUGUCUGAAGCCAACAACUAGGCUGGUCCUUGUCACCCCGUCCAGCAGCCCUGUCCCCUCUCCCACCAGGCCCACCCUGCCCCAC